AUGGACUCCUACCCUUCCACGCAGAGAGCGGUCGUCAUGACGGGCAAGCGGCAGCCCUACGCCGAGAUCGAGGUCCCCGUAUUUCCCCCAGCUUCUGGGGAGAUCCUCGUCCGCGUCGGCUGGACCGCCUCGACGCCGCUCGACCUGCACCGCGCCGACGGGGGCCUGCUCAUCCCUUCGUACCCAGCCCAGGCAGGCGGCGGCGGCAUCGCGGGCACCGUCGUCGCCGUCGGCCAAGGUGUUGACGAACUCGUCGUGGGCGACUCCGUCAUGGCCUUUGCCUUUCACGGCGGCAAGGAGGCCAACCACCAAGAGUACGUGACGAUCCCGCGUUUCCUGGCCGGCAAGGUCCCUCCGGGCAUGACCCUCCGAGAAGCCUGCACCGUGCCCGUCAAUCUCGUCACAGUCUUCCACACGGCCACGGCCGACCUCGGCCUCGAGCUGCCCUGGCCGCGGCGGCUGAAUGACCAGCAUGUUCCCGCCGCCGUCGACGCGCCCAUCCUCGUUUGGGGCGCGAGCAGCAGCGUCGGCAUCUUCGCCCUCCAGGUUCUGCGCCACUGGGGCUACACCCACCUGCUCGCCGUCUCGAGCGACAAGCACCACGCGUACCUGCGUCACAUCGGGGCCGCCGCCUGUUUCGACUACGCCGACGCCGACGUGGUGGAGAGCAUCCUGGGCCGCGUUCGACGCGACACGGUCGAAGACAUCAACGACGGGCCGCUGGUGCCCUACAUUCUCGACUGCAUCGGCUCCCUCGGCGGUUCGCUCCAGCCCCUGACGCGCAUCGCUCAGCGGGGCAGCAGGGUGGCCGUCAUGCUACCCGUCAUUAUCAAGGAUGCGACCGACGACGAGGAGCCCGAGUACGAGAUGGACGUGUCCAGGUGCCUCGCCGACAAAUGGGCCGACGGCGUGAUCCUGCGAGGCGCGCGAACGCACCAUUACCUCGAGGUCGGUCCAGUUCCCACCGGCAGCCGGUGGCGAAACGAAUACUUCAAGCAGAAGCUCCAGUCCGAAAUCAUACCCGCGCUGCUCGCCCAAAAGGUCGUCGAGCCCAACAGACAGCGCGUCGUCGAGGGCGCGAGCAUGGUGGAGCGGGCGCAGAAGGCGCUAGCUCUGCUACGGAGCAGGGCCGUCAGUGGCGAACGGCUCGUGUGGAGGGUGGCAGGGUGA